CCGCUGAUUUGGUGGUUUUUAGUUAAUCGGUGAAGCUUUUCCACAUGUGUUGUGCAGGGCCAUUUAGCAUGUGUUUAUUAAUAACUGUAAAUAUUUCCAUGGCUGAGGGUUUUGUUUCCGAGAGAACAGGAUAAGGAUGCUGUUAUUCUCUGCUCAAGAAAUGACUCUACAACAGACAGAUAAAAAUAGUAACUUAAGUCACAGUUUCAGUUUGAAAGUGACACACAAGAAUGUGAUGCUCGUUUCUCUAUUGUUCCAGUCUGGGCUCUCAUAGUCUUUUUUUUUAAAAAAAACAAUUAAAGGAUACUUCACACAUUCAAAAGGUACCUGGACGUAUAUCUGGAAAUGAAAAACUGCUCGAUGAUAAAAAAAAGUCCCCCAUACUGAAAUCCUGCUUUAAAAAAUAACUUUUGUUGUGAACGGUCGUUCUGCCAGGGCCUAAACAAGACUUAAAAAAAUAUUUGAAACUUUUGGGAAGAAACUCACAAAGUUUGAUUAUAAUUACCAUUAUAAUAAAGAUUACAUUGCUAUGGAUAUAUUAGUGGAAAAUCUAUGGUGCUAUAAGAAAACAGAUACCUCACAAAGUACUGACUCAUCUUUUUCCUUCAUCUUUGCCGCUUAUGGGAAGAUUUACUGAAGGACGGGGAAAGCUAACUCAUCUCAGAACAUGCCCUUUCCCUUUCAACGUGUGACUUAUUAGAGAAGUGAAUUCAAACCCUGCCUUUGAAUUCUGCGGGGGUGUAAAAUUAUUUGCUCCUGUGGUGACCUUCACCGCUCAGUGCUGUGAUCUGCUUGUUCCAUUGUACCUUUUAUAGCUUUCAUUAUUGAUAAUCAUCAGUCUCAACAAGGGGACUUGGUGGUUCAAAAAGUGGAGCGGAAACACUGAAGUCACUACACUUACUUUUUAUCUUACUGCUGAACUCAAAGCUACCCCUUUACACAGUCUGAUCCUGCAAGAGCAUUUCAAGUUUAAGAUACAGUACAUGUUAAGAAAAGAUUAAACAUGACAAAUCAAAGCCACCAGAGGUAAACGUGGAGGUUAGCAGGUUAAAUGUGCUUUUGCAAAACAUAUUGACCAAACAUAUUAACUGGAAUAUUGCAGUAAAUCAGAAGAUUUUUUUUUCAUAUAUUAACCAAAUGAAGACUGCACAGAUUAAGAGAUAAGGGAUUUAGAUAAUUAAUACUAGCACAAAAUAUUAUCAGGUAAGUGUAUUUAUGACUUCAAGGGGAGGAAGUCUCAGUCUGAUGUCUCCGGGUUAGAAUGAUUGCCUGUGGUGGAAUACACCUUUGUCCAAAUGUAUUUUCCGUCUCUGAAUGAGAACAUGAUCAUGUCAAUUAUGUCCACUUGUUUUACUUUUCAAAUUAUAAUAAGACAAAAAAGGUAGUGGAAUCCAUGUCAGUGUUAGUUCAGGUAGCACCAAGGAAGGAAAUGUGGUCCAACCCACACAACUGUUUUUAACAUGCUGAAACAGAAAAAGAAAAAGAAAGGAAUCACCACAUCAUUUUAUUAGCAAGAAUAAAAAUACAUUUGAUUUAACUUUAACAAUCAUUAUGUAAAAAAGGAAACAAACACAUGACGUAUAGUAAUGACCAAAAUUAGAUGCAGUUUUGUCAUACAAAAUCUACAGUAUGUGUUAGGUUGUUAAGAUUUGUUGGUAUCCCUUCUGCUGCCUGUCAUGCCAUUAGGGCGACCAUGUAAAAUUUAACAAAUAUUUUAUGACCCCCAGUCAUAAGUAAGUAAGUGUGAUCCUGUGAUGAAACCCCCAUUUCUUAAAUGUGGACACCCACUUCAACAGUGAAGAUUUUGUUGACCAUACAGCUUCCCGUCCACAAUAAAACUGUGAACGAAUCUACAAGACCCACGUUUUAACCCAUGUGCCAAAUAUAACUGUGAUAGACAUGAUAAUAGCACAGCGUUCUAAUGUUAUAAUGCAAAUAUUAGUGUUCCAUGACCUCUAACCACAAGAAGAAAAAACAAAACGCAAACCUCUGCAGCAAAUGCAGACAAAUAAACAAGAUUGAGAAACCCCCUAAACACUGGUAAAGGUGACAAAAAAAUCUAGUAUACACAGUGACUUAGAUUAAGGGAAAUUCCCUAAGAGCCAAUACUAUAGUAAGACCCCUACUUCCACACAUUCAGUGUCAUUUAUAUUUUGUUUUUUCAAACAAACAAUGAGGUCUUAAUCCUCAUAUCUGCAUUGUUUUUUAUUUUUUCCCUGCAGUUAUCUUGUUUUUUGUUCAUCUCAUGUAUUAUUGCUGAAGUACUUUUGCAAAGACAAAAAACAAAAAAAUAUGACUGCAAGAAAAGUUGCAAACUUGUAUUAGAAAAAACAAACUUUUACAACAAAUACAGAAAGAGUAUGCAUCCAACCAUGCGUACGAACAAACAAAAAACAUUAAAAACAAAUAUAUGUCAAACAAACAUUAGUUGUUAGAGAGUUUGAGUUCCACCUUCCAUGAGUUUAAUUCAUUGACGCACCUGCUUGACACCGCCCACAUUCAACAAUCUUUGAAAGGACGCGUCGAACGUUGUUGGAAAAAGACUUAGUGGAAGGAUGUUUUCUGUUGGUGGCUUUUCUCAAGAUUCCAAAGAAGUUGCAGUCAACUUGAACAAAAUGUUGCCUGUGACACAAGGACCAUCCAGAUACCCGACGUAUAAACCUCCUGGCAAAAAAGGUCCUUUCCAGCAAGUUAAACCUGCAUAUGCUACGAAGCCAGUGGUAUCACAAAAGGAACUGAUUGACAGAUAUAAACGAGGUGAGACCCAUGCUGUAUCAUUACUUCAUCAGCUUGCUCAGGUUCUUCAGAUGCAUUUGGAGAUUAAAGAAACGAUUGCCCCAGGCAAUAUCCCAGGGCUCUACUUUGCCUUUUGUGUGGUGAUUGAUGGAGUUCAGUAUACGACUGGUGUUGGAAAAACCAAAAAAGAUGCCAAGCUGAUGGCGUCAGAGCAGGCUUUGCAGGCUCUGCUCCCCACAUUAGAUUGUCAAAAGACUAUUCACCAAGAGGAAUCAGAUGUCUCUUCACUUUUACCAGUGAAAGAGUUCUACAUCUCUAAGACCCCAAGCAGAGCAGAUCCUGACAGGAACAAAUCCGCCAACUUUGAAAUCCCUCAUGCUGUUCGAGAGCAUCUUACCAAACUGAUGAACAAUCAUGUGGAGUUCUUUACCUGCGCAGGCACUACAGCAGCAUUCAUCCUUCAGAGUUCUAAAGGAUGUGAGGUGGUGGCUUUAGGCACUGGCGACUGCAGCCUCCAGGAGAGCUCUUCCACCGGUGGACGCAUUUUGCAUGACUCUCAUGCAGUCGUUGUAGCUAGACGAUCGUUGAUGAGGUUCCUGUACAGGCACCUGCUACUGUUCUUCAGUAAAACUGCCAAUUUGACAGAGAGGUCAGUCUUCCAGCAAAGUAGCAGCAGCAACCUUCUCACUCUAAAGAGUGGAAUUACUCUUCACCUUUAUCUUAAUCAACUACCAAAAGGUGCAGCUCAGAUUCCUUCUCAACUGCGCCUGAAUCCUUUUUCCAUGUCUGCUUUGCAAGUUCUAAAUGAAAUCAACUUACACCUGUCAGUAGAUGGCAAGGUUUUUUCAGUUUUCUCAUCAUCAUUUGAGCUUUCCAACUCCAAAGUGAUCAGUGUUUCAGCUACAGAUAAGAUCACUCAGUGGCAGGUGCUGGGAUUCCAGGGAGCUCUGCUCAGCCACUUCAUAGAGCCUGUCUAUGUUCAAAGUAUUCUCAUUGGUGAUUCUUGCUGCAGCGAUACCCGUGGCAUGAAAAUGUCUGUAAGCCAGAGAGUUGAAGGGAUCACCUCUCUGCUGCCAAUGUACUACUGCAUGAUGAGGCCACACAUCAGACUUGUGCCCUCUGUGGCUGAUACAUCAAUCAGCAGUAGCAGGAUUGCCAACAGCUUAAACUGGAGUGAAGGAGACGGUUCCCUUGAGGUUGUGGAUGGACUCCUCGGCAAGACCAUUGAAGAGUCUCCAUUUAAGAGUGGCUCAGCUCUGGCAAGUCGCUUGUGCAAAGCAGCAAUGCUACAUCGCUUUAAGCUAGUGGUCAAAGAAGCCCAGAGGCAGGAACUGCUGGUCACAAGCACCUACGGAGAAGCUAAGAAGAUGGCAAAGCCAUACCAGGAAGCAAAGAAGGUGCUGAGGGCAUACCUGUCUCAGCAGGGAUUUGGUUCUUGGCCAAUCAAGCUUUCAGCCAUUGAUAAUUUCAGUAUGUGAGUAAAACCACUUAGGCUAUGUAACAAAAAAGUUCGUUGGGAAAAAGCAAUUGUCAAACAUGGAUUAAAACCAAUCCCUGUUCAUCCUUACAAAGAGUAACUGUUAAUUCUCCCAAGGAAUAAAAGUUCUACAUUUGUUCAGAAUACAAUGCAAGCAUCAGUUCUAAAUUUAGAUAAAUGCUCAGUUGUUAUUUUCUAUACAUAUGCUGUAUAUGCUGCGUGGAUUGUAUUACUUAAACCUCUGUUCCUUCGUAAAAUAGUAUUUUUUGACAAUACUAUGACGUGGUUAAGGUAGUUUUCAACAGUAUGUUUUUUUUGACAUUCAGUUUUGAUUUCAUUACAUCUCAAAACAGACUGAAGCCUGAACCUUGAUACCUUAAACCUAUGUAUGUUCUUCUAGCCUCAUGCUCUUGAUUAUGUAUGUUGUGCAACUUAUCCUUCUGAGGACAUUUACAAUAAAUAAUCUAAAGCCACAUUUUUCAAAAGAAAAAUUAAUUCAGAUAUUUUGAACAUGGUAAGUUGACCUUAAAUCGCAAGCAAUGUCCAUUUCUGUUUAUACAGAAAGGGGUAACUAAUUUCAAAAAUGUUUGAAUUAAUUAGAGCCUUUAUUGUAAUUUUAAGGAAUUACCACAAUAAACAAUAUUUUCAAAUUGAUUUUGAUUGAUGCCUAAAUCAGUGAUUAAACACAAGAACAUUGUAAUUGCAGCUUUUAUUACAGCUUCCAUUUUAAUAAUUUAGGAGUUUAGGAUCUUCACCACACUUUUAAUGUGUUGAUGUCAAAGCAUCCUGUGCUUCUUCUGGCCGGUGAAUGAACUUUAAGUGCAUUACUGCCACAGACAGUGAACCACUGGUGUUGGAGCGUGGUGGUUAAUGCACAUGUAGUCGCGUUGGUCAUUUGCUAGAGAAUUGUUUUAUCACACCAUGUCGAUGCAAACUUACGUAUACACAUACAGGAAAUGCUAUGGUUUCCUGUGUUUGGUAUUUAACAGUUCACUUUUACUUUGGGUGUAGAGGAGUAUUAUGAAUGGAGUGCUCUCUGUUUUGCCAAGUAGAGGGAAUUUGCAGUGAACCUACUAAUAUAUGUUCGUGGAUCAAGGCUUAAAAUGUACGUACAACUCCAAGUUUCAUACUUAAUUUAACAUCAUGCAGUGCAUAUUACGUUUUGACAGUUGUUGUGUAAUGGGUUGCACAAACAGUGUGAUUACUACCAAUUUAAGAUGUAAAUAUAGUUUGGUGCUAAUGGUUAAAUAUUAGUUGUUUGUAUUGCAAGUUCUAUUUUCCAAGAAAGUAUGGAGUCACGGUUCUUGUUGCCGUUUUCUCACCUGAUGUGUCUUUGCUUGUUUCGUCAUUAAAUGGUGACUU